CCCCAGACCUCAUGGCUUGUUCAAAGCGGGUAACAGUGCCAUCUCACAGCUCCAGGGUCCACGAUUUGAUCAGGGUUGCUGUCUACGUGGCGCUUCACAUGCUUUCCCCAUGUCCGUGUGCAUUUCCUCUGGGUUCCUCCCACCUAUCUAUGUUAAAAUUCCCUACAUGUGAAUGUGGGUGUGUGAUGAACUGGUGUCCCAUUCAGGGUGUGUCCUCGCCUCAUGCUCAGUGUUCUGAGGACAGGCACCAGAUCCACCUCAGCCCUGAACACGAUAAAACAGUUACUGAAGAUGAACGAAUGAACGAAUGAAUGAAAAACCCAUGAAGGCUCUAAAUAUAGCUGAAUCAAAUUGCCUUAGGCUGGACUGGAGCUAAAUUUUGCAGGAAGGCAGCUAUCCAAGAGAAGAUCCGUCAUGUAAAUUGCAACUGGAGUUCAGUGUCCCUUUAAAAGCAUCUCUGGGAGACUGCUGCAGUUCCUCUCAGCACCGCUAGGAGAAUCUUUGCUCCAUUUUCUGAAGCUCUCACAAGCGGCUUCAUCCCUGCCUUGCUGGGGGCAAGUGGGAGAAAUCGGCGUGUUAUCAAGCUGUACACUCUAAAAUCGCGAGGAGCGGAUAAAAAAGGGGGGGAAAACCCCAGAAGAAAAAGCGGCUCGGUUUGUUAGUUUAGUUUAGCAUCACUGCAGGGAGGAAUUCGCGCUCGAGACGCAAAAAAAAAAAAAAAAAAAAAAAAAAGGAGCUUCUGCAUCCCGCUGUUGUAGAAAUGAGGAGAUUCGCUGUGGAUUAAAGGCACAUCUUAAAACUGCGUACAGGAAAAUGAUGUUUACUCUGUGAAAUAAAUUGGACGGAAUAAUGCUGCCCGGCUGAGUGAAGUCUGGUUUUUUUUUUUUUUUUUUUAAAUCUUGUAUGUGCUUUUUUUUCUUGGCUGGAUUUUCUUCCUUCGGAUUCCUUUUUUCUUCUCUUUUUUUUCCUAUGUCAGAAGAAGAAAUGCUCUGAACACUGGAAAAGGCGAAGAGGAAAACUAUCCGAGGAUAUAGACCUGGGGCCUCAGCGGGCUUGAUUUAUCUGUCCACAACCAGUCGUGAAUGGCUAGCAUGGAGAGCGGCUGCGUGGAUAGGACGUGACCUGACGAAUAGCGUGUGGCGAAGAUGUUGCUUUGCCACGCAUAGCGCUCGAUGUGGGAACCCUUGCCAUGCGAAGAACCACUGGACGUUUCGAGAGUUCUACGUUCCGAAGGUGUGACCUCUCGGUUUUGAGCGUGUCCAGUCAAAGGAUAUAGCGGAUAUAAAACCAGUGUCGGAGCUUGCAUCACUGUGGGGGAGGGGAGGGGAAUUAGCGAACUAUGCUCGGCCAGCUCGGUCGACCCUGGAGUGCCAUGCAGUCACGGCCGGAUAUGGGCGCUGGCCUGGAGCUGCCCUCCCUGCUGUGGGUGCUGGCCUUGGCGCUCCAGACUUGGGUGGGUGCUGCGGAGAAGCUGGACGAGUUGGACCCCGUGGUGACCACGGCAUACGGCAAGCUGAGGGGCUUCAAGAAAGAACUGAACAACGAGAUCCUGGGGCCCGUGAUCCAGUUCCUGGGCGUGCCCUACGCGGCACCUCCUACAGGGGAGAGGCGAUUUCAGCCCCCCGAGCCGCCCGUGCCCUGGCAAGACAUCCGCAACGCCACACACUUUGGCCCUGUGUGCCCACAAAGCGUUGUGGAGGGCAGGCUGCCUGAUGUCAUGUUGCCCGUAUGGUUCACCAAUGGCCUGGAGGUGGUUUCGACCUACGUGCAGGAGCAGAGCGAAGACUGCCUUUUCCUAAACAUUUACGUGCCCACAGAGGAUGGUCCUCUUACAAAGAAACAGAAUGAUGAUUUAGGUGAUAAUGACGGUGCAGAGGAUGAAGACAUCCGUGAGAGUGGAAGUCCCAAGCCGGUGAUGGUUUUCAUCCAUGGCGGAUCUUAUAUGGAAGGCACAGGAAAUAUGUUUGAUGGCAGCAUCUUGGCCAGUUAUGGCAAUGUCAUUGUCAUAACCGUGAACUACCGGCUUGGUGUGCUAGGUUUUUUGAGCACAGGAGACCAGGCGGCCAAAGGCAACUAUGGGCUCUUAGAUCAGAUCCAGGCGCUGCGCUGGACUAGUGAAAACAUUGCCUUCUUUGGUGGUGACCCUUUACGCAUUACAGUUUUUGGAUCUGGGGCUGGGGCAUCUUGUGUGAACCUCCUCACGCUGUCCCAUUAUUCUGAAGGUAACCGCUGGAGCAAUUCGACCAAAGGCUUGUUCCAGAGAGCCAUAGCUCAGAGCGGCACGGCCCUGUCCAGCUGGGCAGUGAGUUUCCAACCAGCUAAAUACGCACGCAUGCUGGCCAGAAAGGUAGGAUGCGACUAUCACGACACAGUGGAACUGGUGGAGUGCUUGCAGAAGAAGGACUACAAGGAGCUAGUGGAGCAAGACAUCCAGCCUGCUCGCUACCACAUUGCCUUUGGCCCAGUCAUUGACGGUGACGUGAUCCCGGACGACCCGCAGAUUCUCAUGGAGCAGGGCGAGUUCCUUAACUACGACAUUAUGCUGGGUGUGAACCAGGGUGAGGGUCUCAAGUUUGUUGAGCUGGUGGUGGAUGGAGACAGUGGUGUGCAGGCCAAUGACUUUGACUACGCUGUGUCCAGCUUCGUGGAUGACCUAUACGGCUACCCUGAGGGCAAGGAUGUGCUGCGUGAGACCAUCAAGUUCAUGUACACGGAUUGGGCUGAUCGACACAAUCCAGAGACCCGUCGGAAAACACUGCUGGCGCUCUUUACUGACCACCAGUGGGUAGCGCCUGCUGUGGCCACAGCUGACCUGCACUCCAGCUUCGGCUCGCCCACUUACUUUUAUGCUUUCUACCACCACUGCCAGACAGAGCAGGUGCCCGCGUGGGCAGAUGCAGCUCAUGGAGAUGAGAUCCCUUAUGUCUUUGGCCUGCCUAUGAUCGGACCUACUGAGCUCUUUCCCUGCAACUUCUCCAAGAAUGAUGUGAUGCUCAGCGCUGUGGUCAUGACCUACUGGACCAACUUUGCUAAAACGGGUGACCCCAACCAACCAGUGCCGCAGGACACCAAGUUCAUCCACACCAAACCCAACCGCUUUGAGGAGGUAGCGUGGACGAGGUACAACCAGAAGGAGCAGCUGUAUCUACACAUUGGCUUGAAACCACGUGUCAAGGAGCACUACCGUGCUAACAAGGUCAACCUGUGGCUCGAGCUUGUCCCGCACUUACACACCCUCAACGAGGUCACACAGGUCGUUUCAUCCACCAGCACCACCACCAAGGUGCCUGCACCAGAUGAGACGCCACGGACUCCCAAGAAGAUGCCAGCCAACACCAAGAGGCCCUUUCCCACACCUCUCCCCACUGAGACACAGGAUGCAAACCAAAAUCAGAACCACAACCAACCGUUCCUGGUGGAGCAGCGUGACUACUCUACCGAGCUGAGUGUCACCAUCGCUGUUGGAGCUUCUCUGCUCUUUCUCAACAUCCUGGCCUUCGCUGCACUCUACUACAAAAAGGACAAGCGGCGGCAUGAUGGGCAUCGGCGUGGAAGCCCUCAGCGCACCAAUGCCACCAGUCAACUGGCACCUGUACCUGACGAGGAGCUCAUGUCGCUGCAGAUGAAGCGUGGUGAGCUGGAGCGUGAGUGCCCACUUGUCUUGAGGAGCGGCUGUCCACCUGACUACACCUUAGCCAUGCGUCGCUCACCUGACGAUGUACCUCUCAUGAGCGCCAACACCAUCACCGUCUUGCCCAGCACCAUGCCCAGCGCCCUCGGGCCGUUGCAUCCGUUCAACAGCUACGCAGGAGUGCAGCACAACAACACACUGCCCCACCCACAUCCUCAUUCGCACUCCACAACCAGAGUAUAGCCACACACGUGCACACAUGUACUCAAAGGAUUUUGAAUUUGGUGAAGCAUAUCUGUGCUACCAUCAUUUUUCUGAACAUGGAAUAAACCGUGGGGUUUCUUUUGUCUCCUUUCAGAGGAAAACUACCAUUUUAUAUUAGAAAUAUGAAAUGAGGAGAAAAUUGCAAAACAAUUUCAGAUUUAUGAAAAAUAACAAACAGAGAUGGAUGAUUUUUUUUUUUUUAAAUCCUGGUAUCAUAGACAAAGCCAGGCCUAUUUCCUGACAUAGAAGUAUCACUACAAGUUGGCUUGAAAGAAUGGUUUGAUUCAGUUACUGCUUUACAGAGGCUGUGGCAGAGCGUGCGCGUAGGAGGCCCUGUGUAAAUGAAAGAAAAUAUACAGUUUUCCAGAGGCACUCGAUUUUCGAGUACUCACUCUGGGGAGGACAGGAGAUGCUGCUUACUUAAUUUAGGCAUGUAUUCUCCUGUAGAUGGACGCAUUGUAAGAUACGGAAUAAAACAUUACUGGAAAACGAGGGGUGGACAAGAACUUCUCAAGAAUAUGCACAAUGUCUUGGAAUCUUUUUUUUUUUUUUGUCAAUUUAUUUUUGGGAACAAUUUUAUUGUAUAGAAUCUAUUUACAUAUCUAGAUAUGUACGCAAAGCUGUUUAAGCUCCGACUCUGGGGCAUCAGUACUGGAGAAUCUGCCAGCAGUUCAUAUAGCAGGGUGGGAACGUGUCACUGGUUUUCUGGCUUCAUCACACAAGUGCUGUCUGUAUGGAGAACUGGAGGACAAAAAAAGGGAAGCUGGAUAUUUUUUAGCACGAAGCGCAUGACAAUUUAUCUGCUUGGUGGCUGUUCUGCUGAUUAAGUCUUUAUUAAUAAAAAAUAUUCCCCAUUGGAUCCGGUUGAGGAAAUACUGCUCCGAUUGGCUCACAAUUCUAACAAAAAUCGGAAUUUGUUGGCGCGGACAAAGGCAACAGUUCCCGGAAGGAGGUGGGAAACCUGAAAGGGGGGGUUGGGGGUAGGGGGUGGGCAGGGAUAUGCUACAUAGAGUGCAUACACAAAUAGCUUGAGUGAACAUGGUUAUAAGGACUAGUUUUGUACAACGUGUCUUGGUAAAUCUUUUUAAUAUUAGUGAGUCACUUGCUGUUUGAGAUCCCAUUUAUGGGAUAAUCAUGGUGUUUUUUUUUUCUUCUUCUUCUUUAAUUUGCUUGUUUGGGCUUGCUGUAUUACAUGAAUUUUAUUUAUUUUUAUUUAUUUUUAUUUUACCAUGUUUACUUUAGAAAAAUAACCCACAUCAUUUUGCUAAUUUCUUUGCCAUACUUAUCAGGAAGUUCCCUGCAUAAUAGAAGCCCCAAGAAAUGAAGUUGCCGGGAACCAUUCUGCAUAACUUUAGUUCUCCGGAAUGUGAUUGGUUGCAUUGAUUUUCUCUUGCUCGUGCCCCUUUAUUGAGUCCCUGCUGUAGCCCUACUUAAAGAUGAACGCUUAUAAAUUUCUCCCUGAUGCAGGGAGGCUCUGCUGACAGUGUAGGUUUGAAGGCCCUCUCAUCAUCUUUUGCCCAGAUCUGAUCACAGCAGGUGAUAGUGGUAGUGAUGGAAAAAUAAAUAAAUAAAUAAAUGUUUAACUGAGUUGUUCUAGUAGAGGAUCAGUUUCCACAGUACAUCACUCCAUCACUGGAAACUCCAUUAAAUUUUUCCCCAUGUUGAUUAGCAUGUCUGUCACUUUCAUUUUGGCCCUCCUUCAGUCAUUGCUCUCAUUCUUAUAUAGGCGUUAAAUGUAUUUUUUUUUUUAACACAAGACUAACUGUUCUUCCAUGACUGAAAUUCUGCAUUCUGUCUACACAGGCAAUCAAUAUUCAGCACCUAUUCAGCUUCUCCACUUAAAGAGGUUAGAGCACUGUGGAGAAGUAACCUGUCAAACACAGGUCAAAUGGGGCUUUGCUUGAGUCUCUUUUGUCUCUCCAGAAUUCCUCCAUGCGUCAGUAUGUGUAGAAAAGGCUGACUCUUUGCAUCCUUCCUAAUACUUUUGAUUACUAGUAGUGGGCGGUAUGACAGCUGAUCCCUUAAAUCAGUUGUAGUUCUUAUUAAAGUACAGAUUUUGAAACCUUUUACAUAACAACACAUUACCCUAUAUUCACACUGGCAAGCGACAACGCAACAAGCGACAGUUCGUUUUCUAUAUACAUGUGCAACACAGAGCUGCGAUUUCUGUAAGCGACAUUUGCAUUGAGAUUUUUUAAACUGUAUGCAAAUUAUGUACGAUGUGAUAAAGCGACUUAUCCAAACUUAUUGACUCAAAUGAUUUCCUGGACCAAUCCUGUGACACGUGUGGUCUGACUUUUCUUCAUUUCCCUAUUCAAACUUUAGUUCCCAUUUGCUGUUUGACCUGCAAAAAUGGAAGAAAUAACUUAUAACCGUAGUUUCAUGUUAUCCUGUCAUAUACGACCUAUCAUGACAAAAAAUCGUACAGUUAUCAUAUAAAGCUAGGACGAAGCCUGUCAUUGGUCAGUUAGUGAUCAAAUUCUUGUUGAGGUGUUAUAGAGACAAAAAUACUGUCAAAGUAUUUCAUAGUGAUGAGAAAGCUAAUAACAGUGCAAUCCUGCACUAUGGCUGCACUGAAGGCUACUGCUGGUAAGAUCGUUAGCUUAAAUAAUCACUUUUAAUUAUUUUAAAGGGAUUAGUAGAACAUACUAAUGUCCAUAUCGACAAAAUAGCAGGUAAACAUCAUAUUAUAAACAGUGUUGUUUGCAUAGAAAUAAAUAAGGAAAAGACACAGCAUUGGACCUGCCUGCUGUGUUUUGAUUGGCUCUUGUGCCUAUUGCAAUCAACUCUAUAUCUUAAAAAUAACAACUGCUGUUUAUUUUUUAUAAACAAUAGCAAUGAAGCAGUGUUGAUGCAAUACUUGAGUAUUUUACUAAAUGGCAAAUAUCAAUUUAGUUUGGUCUGUCUUCACAUAUUCAACAUGAAAUUGGUUCAGUUUGGUUUUAUAAUUCGUUCAACAGGAAACCAAAGAACACCAAAAAUAUCAUAUAUAAAAAUAUCAAUAUAACCAAAAAUAUCAAUAUAACUUGAACCACUGAAUUAUAUCAAUUACAUCAUCUUACACUAGACUGUCAUAUAAUUAUAAUCAUACAUACUGCCCACUCCUCCUUUCACAAAUGACCCCAAUGUAUUUGAAAUCUGAGAGCCCUAUGACUAAUACAGAGCCAUCAAGAAGUGAUUAAUUAAAGCGCUUGUGAGUUCAGAGAGAUAUGGGUUAUUCAGAAAAGUCACAGUGACACACAGGUAUGCUGCCAGUGAGAAGAGAGCGAGAGAGAGGAUAAGACAGAGGACUUUUGGGAAAAAUAGUAAAAAAAGAGAAAAUUAUGCAGUUGUCCCAGGGCCCAGGUGACCUGUGACAAGUCCCAAACAAGAUGUUCCCUUCUAGAACACGGCCUCUACUGGGCUGCUGCGUUCCUGCCGAGCAGCACAGUAAAUACAGCGCAGGAGAAGCUGGAGCAUUAACUAAAGCCCACUGCACAGCCUCGCUCACUCAAUCAAUACAGGUAUGUAUAUGCAAAGCAGCCCUGCCCCGAGUUCCCUUCCAAACGAGACUCCUUUUGAGCAGCGUUCAAAUUUAAUGAGCCGUUCAUACGAGGGCUCCAUUGAGGAUUUGUCCCAUAUAUUUGCAUGUAGGACGAAGGUGAGAGCUGGGAAACAUCAGUUACCGAGGAGAGCUGCAGGGCUCGAUCUCACACACCAUCCACAGGAUAAUCCUCACGACUGAAUGUAUUACAAAAUCGAGUGCCAUUUACAAUUUGUUUUGUUGGUUUUUUUUUUUUCUUUUUCUUUUUUUUUCUUUUGUUCUAUCUAAGCUUCAAAGGGACGGUCAGAAUGCCUGUUCAUGGGAACCAUAUCAGAGGGCAGUUGUAAUGUAGAUUAUUUGUCAUUAUGUCUUUAUUUCUGGUUAAAUAGGACUUACUCUUCUGGAGCACAAUAAAUGAUUUUAUUAAGCUGAA